CAAAUGCUGAGCAAAUCCGUUCCGUUCUUGGGGUUUUAACACGCGUCUCAGCUCGACCGGGCCGUUAACAUCGCCCGUGUCGCCCGUGUCGCCCUAUCGGAAGUUAAAGAAAUACCCCAAAAAUCGUCAUUCUUUCUCUCUCUCCGCGAUUUCCAUUGGGCUCUUUGAUUUCAGGUUGAUUUCACUUUGACUGUGGGAGUUUUGGUUGGUUAGGGAGAUCCGGAAUUCUAAAAAAUGAGGUCAAUAUGGGGUCGUGUGAGAUGGAAUGAGGCAAACUUGGAUGAGAUUGAAGCAAAUAAACCAGUAAGGCAGAAAAUCACUGAGCCUAAGACACCAUAUCACCCUAUGAUUGUUGAUGAUGAUGGUUCUUUGUCACCACGGCGUGCUUUUGAUGAAUGCUUUGAUGAAUCUGCUCAUGCGGAAGCAAUUCUUACUGCCUUGAAUGACGUAGCUUCUUCAAGCAGAAGGCAAGGGGGAUGGACAUCUUCUGAAGAUGAAGCAGAUGCCAUGGAACAAGAUGAAGACUCGGAAACAGAUAGAGCAAGAUUAAGUUUCAAGGAUCACCGACGGGCUCACUAUGAUGAAUUCCACAAGGUGAAGGAAUUACUACGGGCAGGAUCUCUUGUAGAUGUUGAGGCUGACGAGGACAACAAUGGCCAAGGAAAGGGUGAGGAUUCAACUUCUUUGAUGGGUGGUGUGAAGGAAGCUGACCCUGGAGAGGGUCAAAAUACCAACCUAAAUCAAUAUCAGGAGAUGCAUCCUCCAUGCGAUGGAGUCUAUAAAUAGUAUUUGAUGUUAUUUAAGGUUGCAUAAGAGUUUAGUAUUGAGAUGCAUGAUGUACUCUCUUUUGUUGAAAAUACUAGUUCAUGACCGAGAAAAAGCUAGGGGUAGCGAAAUCUGUUUCUCACAACAUAACUUUGCAAUGUGAAAUCUCCAGAUCUCCAAUCCAUGUAAACGUUCUCCCGCCACCCCUCCCUUUUUGUGAUUGUUUUAAUGCAUAGUUCCCUAGGUGACAGCAAAUGUUUCUAUAAUUUUAGACGCAACCUGAUGUAAGACUUUUGAGUGAAAAAACAUGUAAGACUUUCAUGAAAACCAUGUAAAUCAUGUAGCCAGGUAUUGGCCUGUCAUUGAAUAAUCGUGGUACAGAAAUCUGAGACUGAGAAUGCUGUUAAUAUUUUUUUUUCCUGGGAAAUGGUAAACAAUUCUGUGAUUG